AUGGCUUCGCCGGCUGCCUCAACCCGACGCAGCCCUGGCUCCUCCGCCGGGUCGCUCAAACGAUCGGACGAACGAACAGCAUCAAACAUCUCCCUCGAGACGCUGGUAACUCACUUGCUUGCGGCAAAGCGAUCGCUGUCAUCGAUGAACCAUGUUCUACGGGCAAACGAGAUAGCUACGUCGGCGAGAAACGCGCAGGAGGAAGCUGCUCUGCUGAGCGCCCAGGCUGGCUUCCUGCGCGGAGCUACUCUUGACCAGGCUGCCAUAUUGGUCAAGGUGCGUCGCAGCCUCCAAGCAACAUAUGACUGGGGCAAGAGAGAUUUCCGAAGUCUUGUCAAGGACAUGGAUGGUGUUGAUGGACAACUUGGCCGAACAAUAGAAUUUCUUCGGACAACGCAGGUCAACAGCUUCCUUCGCCCGAAAGACGAGGAGCGAAAGAAUCUAUUAGAUUUCGUCGACGAGGAGAGCGUCAACCGUAUGAGAGACGCCAUGAAGAAGAGUAUAGAAGAAUUUCAGGGCAUUCAGCAGUCUUUCGACGGCGACCUCCUCCGUUUCGACAACGACAUUCGCGAGCUCAAGAAGAUUAUCGUCGAAUCACAAACGCAAGAAUCGGACGACGAGGAACAGGCGGCACAAGCAUGGACGAUGGACAUUGUGAUGGGUCUCGUCGAGAACUCGACCGUGAUGGCGCAGCUUCUGACGUCCUUGACAACGCACUUUGACAUGUGCGUCACGGCAAUUCGGACAACAGAAGGCGGUGCAGCUCUAGCUCGCCGUCGAGCUGCCGAGGUGAAUCAGGCCCAGGGCAGCGACGGCGUGUCCAUAUCGGGCGUCAUUGCCGAGCAGGAAUCCAAUACCUCCGACAUGGAGCCAACCACAGACAGCGACAGAGCAGAGAUGCUUCGUGUUGUGGUGCAAGAUGCAGGCGAGGUCAGCGAUGUUGUUCAAGAAAUCCAAGAGCGUCUCGCAAGCAUGGAACAGGACUACAAAAUUUUGGAGCAGCGAAAUGCCGAGGCUGAAAAGUCAUAUCUCUCGAUGCUUGAUGCUUUUACGAUACUUGGAAGCAUCGGCGACCGGCUGCAUGAUUACCUCGCCGCAGAACAAGACUUUAAGACACGGUGGGACCUGGAAAAGGAGACUGUAUACGAUAGGUUGGCAGAAAUGAAGCAGAUGAGGGGCUUUUACGACGGAUAUGCGAGUGCAUACAACACGCUGAUGUUGGAAGUCGAGCGCCGGAGAGCUGUUGAAGACCGUGUGCAGAACGUCUGGCGCACGGCUCAAGACACUGUGGAUAAGUUACUAGCUGCCGAUAGGGCCUCUCGAGAAGCAUUUCGGCAAGACGUGGGUGAAUACCUGCCGACCGAUCUGUGGCCAGGCAUGCAAGCCAUGCCGCAGCGAUGGCAAGUCACUCGUGUGGAAGGUGUUGAUGCGGGCGGGCAAGCGGAUGAAGAGAACAUCGGCUGA